AUGCGUCUCGUCUCGUUGUUUGCCUUCCUCGCCGUCUUCAGCGUGGUGUCUUCUCUUUCAAUUCCUGUUCAUAGAGAUAUCGCUGCGCACCUUGGUACGUCAACUGCUUCGACUCUGCAGGCACGGAGCCCGGUCCACGUGACCUUCCACUCUGGAACGAAGGGGCGUUUGAGGAGCUUAAAAAUCAGACCGAAUACUGCCAACCAUGCACAUGUCACCCGAUGGCACGAAAGCGCAGUCAAAGCCCAUGUCGCCCAGCACUUCCCAGAAGCCCAUCAAGUCACAAUUAGGAAGCUGGUGCAUCAAUAUGGAUCCAAUGAUCCCCAACCUCACAUUGUAGUUAUGAUGAAGAAAGCGAACGGAAAGAAGAUCAUGAACGAUAAGAAUGGGGUCUGGCACCAUGUCCCUGUUGACGCAGCUCAUAUUCCUCAACCGUACAUGGAUGCUCUAGCAGCCAAAGGUCACGUGUUAUAA